AUGGUGUCUGCAUUUGAGCGCGUCCGGGCGUCGUUGGUGCCGCUGCUAACGGUGAUCGUUGGUCUUUGGUUAGAAGGCGUCGGUGGAGCUCCAACGCGAAUGGCAGCAUUCGAGGGAGGUGGUGGUGUUGGAAUUGUGGAGCUGUUUCCACCAGCCGGUUGCCACCGAAAUUCUCCACAGCUCCGAGAAUGCGUUGGCUCAGCCGUGCAGCAGUUCGCCAACUUCAUGUCCAGUGGACGCAUCACUCCCGGACACACGAUCACGCCAUUCGAUCCUCUACAUCUGCCUAACAUGACCAUUCUUCAGGAUCGGCGUGUGAAGGCCGUACUCGUGAAUCGAUACCUUGUGGGGCUCAAAAAAUCGUUCAUCCAGGACGUGAGGAUGAACCUAGACCGGCUGGAGUUCAACGUAACCGUAUUACUGCCAGCACUUGAAAUGUUAGGCCUCUUCUCCUCGGCUCGGCCACACAUUUCCCACGCGACCGAUCACUCGAUUCUCACAUUUUCCCUCCGCAACACCGUGGUGCAGUUUGCGGCCAAAGGGAGCCUGUACAGCGGACGAGUGGAUCCUUCAGGACCACCAGCCAAACACCUGCGGUUGCGACUCGGCGUUGAAUCCAUGUCGAUCGGAAGCUGCAUCCUCGACGAGAGCCUGGACCUUGACCAGCGGUUGGCAGGAGCGAGAACCAGCUGGAACCAACCCGUGGCGCCCACUAAGUUCACAAAGCUCAUCCGGAAGGACCUGCGAGUGCAGCUGGCAAAACGGAUGCAGCACGUUGCCAACGAGGCGUUGGCACUGACACCAUUCGUUCGGCUAUUCCCAGUUUGACCCGGGGCCGGAAAAUGCCUCCGAGAUCUGCCUUGUUUGCUGUUUUAGCUGUUAGUGGUGUG